AUGGACAACCUCAAAAGCAAGACAACUGAGCUAGUGGCAGCUCUGACUAGGAGGGUUGGAGAGAUCAUGGGCAAUUCAUCUGAACUAGGUGUCCUUCAAGAUGGUAGAGUUGAAACUGAAUUACUGCAUAAAGCUAGGAUGAGAAUAGCAGUACAGCUUCAGCAGUGCUUGGAAUCACCGGCUGAUAAUUCAACCUUCAAUGAUGGGUCAAUUUCAGAAUAUGAAAUCACCCGGGCCGCCCUGACCAUUGCACAUGCCAUGGUCAACCCCAUCAAUAUUGAUUGGGAUGUGGACCGGUAUGCUGAUAAGGUCAAAUUGUCACCACCAAAUCUGGAUGGGUUGCCAUCUGCUGAAACGGAUAGACUGAAGAAGUUCUUCCCUGAAGUAGUGCUUGGCAAAAUUUCGGUUCCAACAACAGUUAUAGACAGGCACGGAAAAUUUUUAGUGGUUUACCUCCCUAAUAUUUUGACACCUUCUCGCCUAGAGCAUGUCAACCACAUCACUGUUGGCUUAAGGGAUACUCUUCUCAAAUCCCUUAAAAAUAAGAACACUUGGAGGGAUGAGGGCUAUAUGGUCCCAGAUGGUGGGGGGGAGUUUGGGGCUGGUAGAAUAACAGUGGUUCCUGCAUACUUCAUGCAAAGACAAGAGCGACUAAUGGAUCCAUUGGUGACAUCAAAGUCUUAUAGAUCGAAGAAGGUCCAACAAUGGAUGGCAGCUUUGACAACAUCAGAAGUUCUAUGGAAUGCUAUAACUGCUGUGGUGGCGCCAGAUCUUUUCCAAGCUGGCAUUUCAGCAUUUUGUGAGGUCAUCAAGGAAGUGCGACGCCCCCCAAAAAAACCUACCCCAGUGGAAUAUUGGCCCUCAAUCUUUUCAGGACUUGACAUCAUUGCUAAUCGGGUCACAUUUAGCCACAGAGAUGCUGGUGGAUCUCCUUCACUGUUAGAUCUUCUUGUCAGUUUGGGAAGAAACCAUCAUGCAACAUUGGCCUUGGAAGACCUCAAAGCAGAGCUUGAUUAUUCUCCUGGAACAAUGGUUUAUAUCUCAGGAAGGGUGCUAGAACACUCUGUUGGACCCUGGCUUAAUGGAGAAAGCGAAACAGAGCCAGUCUCACCUUUGAAACGAAAACAACAACAACGUACUGAAGAUUAUUCUCUGGUGGAAUAUGACAGAGAGGUGUAUGGUGAUUUCGAUAUAGGAGGCUCCAAUGAUAUCCAACGAAAAACCAAAGAUCGUUACCGUGAACUUAUGCGGGUGUCCCGUAUAUGGAGGGAUUUGAUGAAUAGAAUAUGGUUUGGGCAUGAGACAGACAGAUCUCCUGCACCAGGGGAUCUAGCUCUUUAUUGUCCAGCAUGUCCCCAGCCUGGCAUCAAUUUACCCUCUUCUUGGAAGGAUUCUUAUGAUGAUUGGUUGGUUAUGCAAAGAUAUGUUGUCGAUGGAAAUUUUACAGCACAACAUAUGAAGAUGAAGACUCCGGAAGAUAAUGUUUCACUGGCAGAUGGAAAGGGAUACAUGGUAACAAAAGAACCUUAUGAAGCUCACAUAACUGAAUCUAUCGAAAAGAAUGAGAAAUCAUCUUGUAGCAAUCACCGUGCUGUGAAUGCAGCUAAUGUUCAGAGAAGCAAUCUAAGAGCUACCGGUGUUGGGGCAACAGCAUGUGCUAGGCAUGGAUGUUUUGUUCCUCAUUCUGUAGUAGACUUUCAGAAAGGAGAACGGCAAAUGAACAUGGACUAUUCUAUUUGCAAUGCAUUGAAAUAUCCAUCAGAAAAUAUUGGCAGUGCACUCAUAAUCUAUGAUGUUGCAUGCCAGUGGAGUGUCAACUUCCAUGACCAGGGUCCAUAUGAAGAAUUAACAAAUUCUCUCAAUUCAAAUGAUGUCCAGAAAUGGAAGAAGCAAGCUGAACUAGCAGCUCUUGAUCAUGGUGAGCUUCUUGACAUCUAUCAGCUUAAGAUGGAUAAAGCUCCAACCAUGGCUGAAAUAAGGCUGAGGUUGACUGAAAAUGAACUGUCUUCCCAUGGUAGGACUGGGGCCAUUUCGUGGUUGAUCGAGGGUAUCAAUAUAGAAAAUACUCAAGACACCCUGAGAUCUUCUAUAAGACAACAGUCAGACAAUCCAACUGCUUCUCAGAGAAUCAUUAUAGAAGAAAAAAGACAGAAACUCUUGUCUCGGAUUCAUAAAUUCCACGAAACUGCGGUGGUUAUAACAAAUGGUAUGGAAUUAGAAGGGCGAGAGAGAUUGCAACAUGAUGACCCUGAACUGUGCCUGGGGGAGGCUAAAGGACUUAUUUUUUCAGGAAUUGAUGAUAUAGAGGAAGAUGGUAAUUUGGACCUCGGAGAUGAUGCUGACUCUCAUCCAGAGGUUGCAGAACUUUGGAUGCCGUCAUGGGAGGCAUCUGAUGUCAUCAUGGAUGAUGUUAUCAUGGCAUUACAGCAAGAAGAACUAGAGCUUCGAAAGGGUCAAGCAAAUGACAGCUUGGAAAAGCUUCGUCAAGCUCUUGGCGACAGAUCUGUGAUAUUUCGGGAGAAAUCGCACUCCAACAAAUCAGUCCAUCAUCAGGGUACUAGAUCAACAAAGGAACUUCGAAAAAUCACCUUGGCCAUCAACAAACAUGCUCGAGAAUAUCGCCGAUCAAGGGCAGCAAUGCAACGAUUAGGGGCUGAUUCUGAUACAUUGGCAUCAUAUCAAGUCCUAAAGGCUGAGGACCUUACAACUGCACAGCCUGUCCGGCCGACUGGAGUAUGGGUGCCAUAUAUGCCGGCUGGCCCAGAGUUACAGGCUGCAACAGCAGGCUGGCCCAAAUGGAAUAUGACAUCAUAUGAAUAG